UCCCUGCAGGGGCCCCGCAGCGCGGUAGCGGACGGUGCGCUCCUUUCCUCUUCUGUCCCCUAUUCUCUUGCGCGCUCUGCUCUGACACCUGCAGCUUCUACGCUCCCAUACGGAGCUCCCGCACGCUUUCUCUCUCUCUUACCUUCGAGUUCUUGCCCCACGUACUGUGUCCCUACUCUGAACCAUGGGCCGUCAGAAGAAGCUAGUGUCGCGCUGUGGGGAACUGAUGCGGAUCCGGUAUCGGCUGCUGCGCCAGGCUCUCGCCGAAUGCCUCGGAACGCUCAUACUGGUGAUGUUUGGCUGUGGCUCUGUGGCCCAGGUUGUGCUGAGCAGAGGGACCCACGGUGGCUUUCUUACCAUCAACCUGGCUUUUGGCUUUGCAGUCACACUUGGUAUCCUUAUUGCUGGCCAAGUAUCUGGGGCCCACCUGAAUCCAGCUGUGACCUUUGCUAUGUGCUUCCUGGCGAGGGAGCCCUGGAUCAAACUGCCCAUCUAUGCCCUGGCCCAGACAGUGGGGGCCUUCCUAGGGGCUGGGAUUAUCUUUGGGCUGUACUAUGAUGCGAUUUGGGCCUUUGCUGGUAAUGAACUUGUUGUCUCUGGCCCCAAUGGCACUGCUGGCAUCUUUGCCACCUACCCCUCCGGCCACUUGGACAUGGUCAAUGGCUUCUUUGACCAGUUCAUUGGCACAGCAUCACUCAUUGUCUGUGUGUUGGCUAUUGUGGAUCCCAACAACAACCCAGUUCCCCGAGGUCUUGAAGCCUUCACUGUUGGUUUUGUGGUCCUGGUCAUUGGUACAUCCAUGGGCUUCAACUCUGGUUAUGCUGUUAACCCAGCUCGAGAUUUUGGUCCCCGCCUCUUCACUGCCAUUGCUGGCUGGGGUUCUGAGGUCUUCACAACGGGUCGGCACUGGUGGUGGGUCCCCAUCGUCUCACCACUUCUUGGUUCCAUUUGUGGAGUUUUUGUCUAUCAGCUCAUGAUCGGAUUUCACCUGGAGGCUCCACCUCCUUCCACAGAGCAGGAGAACGUCAAGCUGGCUCAUGUGAAACACAAAGAACAGAUCUGAGUGGAGAGUUGCAGCUCCCUGUCCCUCCAGGAUCCCCACUCCUUCCCCUAGGAACUAACACUGAUAGAACUGUGCCAGAGACAUACUCUCAAAGCAGCCAUAGCCUCCACCUCUCUGGUCCCCAUCCCUCCCACUUCUCUAGCCCUGGGAUACUCUUUCCUGAGGGUUAUGUUUAGCAAUAAUGCUAAACCCAAAAAAGCCCCCUCAAACCUCUCUCCCCACCCUAGGGGUUAAUGAAUCCUUGGGAAUCAUGGUCAGUAUAGAUUUACAAUGGUUGUUGGACGUAAGCCCUGCCCUGAUAUUGCCAGACCUGAAGUAGGAUAUUUGCCAGAAAUAAUAAAUCACUUUGAGUUC